GCAGUCCUUCUGACACAAAUGUGGAUAAUAUUUGGUUUACUUAUAGCUCUGGGUUGGUAGCCGGUGAUGCAUUGGUGUAAAAUUGCAUUGCAUUUCCUUUGGGCUGGGGUGUGAGUCUGCAGCAACGAUCCUGGUGCCUUUGGUCUGCAGCAAAGCCGAGGUGUUUAAAGGGCAUCCCGGGACAGGGUCCAGCUGAUGCCCCGGAAGUGCUCUACUCGCUGUGUUCCACGUGUGUCUGUGCAGCGGCGGGGCCCGCAUGUUGCUGGCGGCGGCGGCGGCGGCCUGACUGACAGCUCCUCUCCCUCUCUCUCCCUCUCCACCGGCUCCAGCUCCAGCCCACAGUCCGCUAACACCAUGGGCGACCAGGCCCUGCAGCUGGCGGCCCUCCCCCUCGUCGCCAAGUUGAACGAGAGGAGCCGCAGCGAGCUGAGCAAGUACUUGGCCAAGCAGAUUUGGAACAAGCAGGAUCGACAGUAUAUACUCAAUGUCUUGGCUCAGCUGUUGCUGAUUAAGGAAUGCACACUGCUGAUCGGACGCCAUCUCAGGCCUCUGCUGUUGGAUCUUCUUGAACGCAACGUGAAUGCGAUCAAAGGGCCCGUGUUCAACCAUGACCUGCACGAGCGGUUAUGUGUAGCAAUGAGCAAGCUUAUUGAUAUCAGCCCUGAUGCCAUUUUGUAA